UACCAAGGAACCCCAAAAUAGAUAGCCGCCACUGUAAUUCAAUUGAGCAUUGCGACCACGGUCGGCGUCAGUAGCUAUCAGGAUGUGGUUGUACGUAGUUGCAUGUUAUUUGUUUGCUGUAGUCAGCUAUACAGUGAGUGAGCAGACAGAGUCACGGGUAGUGCGUAUAGAUUCAGGCCCCGUACGAGGUUAUAAGGAUCCUAAUGAAGACAUAUUCGUAUACUACGGCAUUCCUUAUGCAAAGGCACCCAGUGGACCCGAUAGGUUCAAGGCACCGCUGCCUUCGCCAAUAUGGUUGGAGACUUUGGAAGCUGUAGAUACGAAGAUUAUAUGUCCACAAAUGCCAGUGUCUAUAUUCGGGUUAGAUACAACUACAAAAGUCAUGCAAGAAGAUUGCUUAAUCGCUAAUGUUUUCGUACCCAAUACUGACGAAAACAAUCUUCCCGUUGUUGUUUAUAUACAUGGCGGGGGAUUUAUUAUUGGCUACGGAAAUUUUAUGAUGCCGAAGAAAUUGGCUACUACCAAAAAGAUAAUUGUAGUCACAUUUAACUAUCGGCUUGCAGCGCAUGGUUUUCUAUGCUUGGGUACAAAAGAAGUUCCCGGUAACGCCGGAAUUAAAGAUCAAGUGGCACUUUUACGCUGGGUAAAGAAAAAUAUCGCAAGUUUUGGAGGAAACUCUGACGAUGUCACAAUAUCUGGCAACAGUGCUGGCUCGACCUCGGUAGAUCUGUUGAUGAUAUCAAAAAUGGCAAAAGGUUUGUUUUCAAAAGUUAUACCUGAGAGUGGUGCCAACCUUUCUCCUUUCAGUGUCCAAGUAGAUCCCAUACGGUAUGCUAAGGAAUAUGCCAAAUUAUUGCAGUAUGAUGGCGAUAUGGAUAUUUAUAAUUUACAAGACUUUUAUACAACUAUUUCGUAUGAACUACUACAAUCAGGGAACGUUACUCAUAGAACUGAUUCCGACUUUCUAAUGACACCUUGUGUGGAGCGAGAUAUCGGGGAAGAGAGGUUCCUAGAAGAUAGCCCUGUUAAUAUUUUAAAGAGAGGAGAUUUUGAUAAACUUCCUAUGCUAUAUGGUUACACAAAUAUGGAAGGACUGAUGCGGAUUGAUAUAUUCGAUUCGUGGAAAAAUAAAAUGAAUACAAAAUUUUCUGAUUUCUUACCUCCUGAUUUACAAUUCAAGUCUGAAAAAGAGAAGGAAGCAGUGGCUGAAAAAAUUAAAAUGUUUUAUUUUGGUGAUAGAGAUGUUAGCGAUGAAACUGUAUUAGAUUAUGUUAACUAUUUCACUGAUGUUUUGUUCGCUUGUCCAACGUUAAGAUCUAUAAGCCUGCAGAUUAGAGCAGGGAAUAAUCAAAUAUAUUUAUACGAGUACUCUUACGUGGAUGAUAGUACACCAGUAGUCCCAUAUACAAAUGUACGUGGAGCAAGUCAUAUUGCACAGACAAUGUCGGUAUUAGAUGGAGUUAAUUUGGUAUCAUCAAAGGAUGAAAGAAAUAUUUCCGACGACUUCCGAACAAUGAAAUAUAUAAUGAGAGAUCUGUGGGGAAAUUUUAUAGCUACAGGAAAACCUGAAAGUUCCCAAGUGCCAGCAUGGCCACCUGUGGGCGAGCAUUGGUCGCCCCAUAUGGCCUUAAAAAAGAAUCCAGAACUUCUAGGAGCUCUGUCUAAAGAGCGAUGUUUAUUUUGGAAUAGAAUCUUUGACAAAUACUACCGGGCUCCUCUACCGCCACCGCCACCUUCAACAAGACGACACCAUUAGCUUCGCAUGUCUGGACUACGUUGACGCUGCCAGCGACGAAGACCUGCUGGAACUGUUGGGAGGAGCCCGAACAGCUGCCCUCUUCACAGCGUGCCUUGCGUGGCACAGCCUCGCAGUCUCCCGCGUCACGUACAGCAGCCCGUGAAUAAGGACCCCUAACGGGUUUGAAACUAGUCGGGC